AUGGCCGCUUCUACUGGUGCGGGCGCGGUAGCCGCUUCCUCCAAUGAAUCCGCCAAACUUCCUAAAGCGGUAGGAGUUGAUUCGCAACCGUCGAUUUCGGUAGAGCACGUUCCCACCAAUCGUUCGCCGCGCCGUUUUGCUCGUCAGACGCAGCGCUCCCACGACUCGACACUUGUCGAGGACAUUCCGCGAAUCUACUGGAUAUGGCACCUCUACCUCGAACCUUUGACUGCCCUCGGCGGCGUGUAUCAUCUGCAUUGGGUGCCUGAGCAGUACUUUGAGUACAUGCCGCAGACGUCUCGCUAUGCGCCCGAGUCGCAGAUUAUUUGCAACCAGCUCGCGGCUUGUUACCUCUUCUUCGCCGUCAUCGAGGCGCUCGUCCUGCGCACCACAACCGAGAUAACAGUCUGGAGAGCGGUGCUGUUUGCGCUGCUGCUAUGCGAUGGUGGGCAUUUGUUCGCAGCAUGGGCGGAAAUGGGCACGCAUCUCACACUGAGCCCGUGGCUCUGGACAGUCAAGGACACGGUCACUAUGAUGCUGAACAUUAUCCCGGCUGUGCUUCGAACAGCCUUCCUGCUCGGAAUCGGGUUCAGGAAGACUCACUGA